CGCCGCCGCCCCCCGUCCCGGCCCCCCCGGGUUCCCUCAGCCCAGCCCGGUCCAGCCCGGUUCCCGGGAGGAUGAAGUUCGUGUACAAAGAAGAGCAUCCGUUCGAGAAACGCCGCUCUGAGGGCGAGAAAAUCCGAAAGAAAUACCCGGACCGGGUGCCGGUGAUAGUAGAAAAGGCUCCCAAAGCUCGGAUAGGAGACCUGGACAAAAAGAAAUACCUGGUGCCUUCUGAUCUCACAGUUGGUCAGUUCUACUUCUUGAUCCGGAAGCGAAUUCAUCUCCGAGCUGAGGAUGCCUUGUUUUUCUUUGUCAACAAUGUCAUUCCACCCACCAGUGCCACAAUGGGUCAGCUCUACCAGGAACACCAUGAAGAAGACUUCUUUCUCUACAUUGCCUACAGUGACGAAAGUGUGUACGGUCUGUGAAGCUGCUGUCCCUCAGCUGGAGGGGGGUCUCGUUCUACAAAGAGAGAGGUGGCCCCCUUUUCUUGACCUCCUCCUCCUUCAAGCUCAAACACCACCUCCCUUAUUCAGGACGGGCACUUCUUAAUGUUUGAGGCUUUCUCCCCAGCCUCUCUUAGGAGGGGUAAUGGUGGAGUUGGCAUCUUGUACCUCUCCUUUCUCCUUUCUUCCCCUUUCUCUGCCUGCCUUUCCCAUCCUGCUUUAGACUUCUUGAUUGUCAGUCUCUGUCACAUCCAGUGAUUGUUUUGGUUUCUGUUCCCUUUCUGACUGCCCAAGGGGCUCAGAACCCCAGCAAUCCCUUCCUUUCACUACCUUCUUUUUUGGGGGUAGUUGGAAGGGACUGAAAUUGUGGGGGGAAAGGUAGGAGGCACAUCAAUAAAGAGGAAACCACCAAAAAAA